GAUUUCACGGGACGGGUGGCCCUCAUCACUGGUUCGAGUUCGGGCAUCGGUGCGGCCACUGCUUUACUAUUGGCCAAAAGUGGUGCCAAUGUUGUUAUUACUGGACGUAUCGCCGCGAAUGUGGAAAAGGUUUGUAAAGAGUGUACAGAAGUGUCGCCGAAAGGUCUGAAAGCGGUUCCAGUGGUGGCAGACGUGACCAAAGAGGAAGAUCUCGACCGACUUCUCGACACAACUAUUGAAACGUUUGGCAAAUUAGAUAUUCUGGUGAAUAACGCGGGUUUCGGAGGCUAUUCCCAGAUAUCAGACGCAGAAUAUCUCACUCCGGGUGCUGUUCGCACAAACAUAACCAGAGAGUUAUCGCUUAGUGAUGAGCAAAUCAACGCUGAGUGGGAUCGUAAGGGCAGUAAAUACCCGGUGGGUCGGUGUGGAGAGGGACUGGACAUUGCGCACGCUGUUGCCUAUCUGGCCAGUGAUCAUGCUAGUUUUGUGACCGGUACAAUAUUGUUGGCCGAUGGCGGUCACAUUGCUGCUAAUAUUAACUUCCAUUAA